UGAGUAUCAUCUUGUAUAUGUAGCACAGAAGAUAUGUAUACAAUAAGUGUCACCCGACAUGAAUAAUAUUCCUAAGUCUAGAUGCCAGUAUGUGCUUUAUACGCGAUCAGAAGAAUACAACGAACAUAAGAGUAUUAUAACGUAUGUAUGCGAUAAGUAAUUUGACAUAUAGAAAAACGUAAAUUAAACAUUUUCAAGUACUUAAAGAUUGAAAAACACAAGAAACAUGCUCUCCAUAGUGAAAUUGGUAUUAAUAUUUUUACUAAAUGAAACGUUCGCGUAUAUCAUGCAAGACAUCGAAAGAAUAUUGCUGCCGGCAUGGAAUCCGACAAGCGCAGAGGAAAUACCGCUGACUCUGAAAAUUUUUGGAAAACAGAUUCAGUUAAACCUGCGUAGAAAUGUAUCGUGUACGUGUGAAGUAUGGAAACAUGACGCGAAGGACAUCACAGAAGAACUGCCGCGAUUAAACGCAUCGGAUCCUUGCUAUUAUUUGCACAAAGAUCGUAUCAGCACAGCGGCCAUAAACUUUUGUCAAGGACGCGGAUGGGAAGGACUUGUUUUCCUGAAGAACGACACGUUGGAAAUUAGACCAUUGCGGGAUAACUUUGCGUCUUUGUCCUUAAUCGAUGAUCUUUGUGUUAAAGAAGAGAUGAAUAUUUCAUUUGGCAAACCUCAUUUGAUUAAAAGAUCUUUGCGAUUAACUGCUGAUUCAAGUUUUCAUAAUCUGGAAAACUUCAAACUGAAGCGACGUCAUGUGCAAAAUACGCAAGAAAAAUUAACUAUAGAAUUGGCUGUUUUCUUCGACGAAGCCGCAUAUCGUAUGUUCAUGCCUUUUCUGGACGAAAAUAAAGAAAUGUUGCACAUGAUGAUAUUAGCGUACGUGAAUCGUAUCCAAGCUGUGUUCCAUCAUCCGAGUUUGGGUGUCUCUAUCGAUAUUUCGUUGGUGCAUUUGGAAAUUAUGGAUAAACAACCAUUUAAUAUCUCAGUUUCUAACGACACUAACAAACUACUGGAUUUGUUCUGCGAAUACGCAAAAACUCGCAAUCCUCCGAAUGACAACGAUCCCCGUCACUGGGACGUUGGUCUUCACCUAACCGGAAUAGACAUUUAUUCGUUGACGAAAGACUCCUUAGCAUUAAGCAAGAACGACGUCUGCGACUCAAAUACAUCGUACGUGAUAGUAGGACUCGGUACUACACGUCACAUGUUGUCGGGUUUUACAUCGUCUCUCAUUGCAGCUCAUGAGAUCGGCCAUGUCCUAGGAAUGCAUCAUGAUUCAGUGAUGUGUAAUGUAUACAAAUACAUAAUGUCAUUUCGCAAGGUUAAUUACGAACAAAUAACAUGGUCCUUGUGUAGUCGUGUUAUUGCUACAAAACUCUGGGAUACAAAAAAGUGCCUCCGAGAUCGUACAACACCGGCAAAUCUUAAAGACGCAUAUGAUCAUUCGCGUUAUCACGAUUUACCCGGAAGAGAAUGGACCGCUAAAGAACAAUGUGAACUAUAUUUUCGCGACAAGAAUGCGAACGUAGUCUCGUUGCUUAAUGUAUGCAAAACCUUACAAUGCGAGUUAUUUAAGAAAGGGUCUUACUUCACGGGACCGGCGUUGGAAGGGACACAUUGCGCACACAAGAAAGAAUGUCGUGGCGGUAAAUGUGUUUCCGUUAUCGAACCGCCAUAUAAUUUUAAGUAUUGUCAAAGGGACGACUGGAGCGAAUGGAAAGAGGACUACUGUCAAAGUAAUUGCCUAAAAAAUUCUAAAGGCGUAAUAGUCAAACGACGAUCUUGCGAACAUAGAAGUCGCAGAACGGCGAGCUGCAAAGGGCCAUAUUACGACGUGGUCCUGUGCAAUGAUUCACUCUGUGCUGGGGAACGCAAGACGAUCGACUCAUUUGCCAAAUUGAUAUGCCACGAAUUUAACUUGAUGGCAAUGUAUAAUGAUCAGAAACUUAAAAUAUUGAAACUAGAAUAUGACUCGAAGCCAGGAUGGCAGGCCGCUUAUGAUGUCGAGAAACCGUGGAAAGCCUGUACUAUACAUUGCCGACAAAAAAAUUCAUCUACUCUCUACGCACCAUACGAGAAAAUGUUCGUAUUAAAUUUCGAUCCAUACUACCCAGAUGGAACGUGGUGUCACAAAGAAAAUGGCCGGAAUUAUUACUGCCGACAACAUUACUGUCUGCCGGAAAGCUACUCUUAAGAAUAAUUGUUGAAAGAUUAUCGACAUUUGUGAACGAGAAUCGAGAAAAUGAAACGCGUGCAAAUCAAUUUAGAAUAGUUGGUCAAUUUAUUUGAUACCAAAUAUUCGAUCGGACAAUCUAUCGUUGUUAACAUCUGUUUUGCGUAUUAUCGAUGCCUUGCUUAAUAUAAACAAAUGGACGAAGAAUUACGUCGAAUUAUCUAUUCCUAAAACGAAUUCCGUCGAUUAGCAAUGGUAAAACGUGAAAAAAAGAACAAAAAAGUAAUAGAUAAUAAUUAACAUGUUUACAAAACGCGAAAAUAAAUAGCUAAAUAAAGUAGAGGUAUUUUGCGUACAUGACAAUGUGUCGAGGAGAAAAUGGACGAAAACGAUAACGUCACUCACUAUGUUAUGUAUUUUAAUAUUCUAUCAGUGUUUCAUUAAUACUUAUACAGAAACGAUUAAUAAGCAAAAAAAAUAAAGACAAUUUUAUUCCGCAAGUGGAAAAAUAUUCAAAAUUAUUUAGUACAAAUUGUUAUUUAUUUAUUGAACUUAUGAACUCGUUGACUGAAUGCGGCAAAAACGGUGACAUCAGAAACAGGGUGUAUUUCAAUGUAUUUGCUACUUCGGUUAAUCAGUGAUCAGUUGGAUUUUCUUUUUCUAAUAUAUUUUUGAUAUUUAUAAGACUAAAUUGCGACCGCAAUGUUAUGCUCUAGUCAUUCUAAAUUUGUCAUAAAUUAAAAUUUGUUUAAUAAUUGUGAAUAAUGUGCAAAAUGUUUUGUAGCGUUAUUUGUAGCCCAUGAGAUUGAUCAUAAGUGUGUUGUUAGUCAUAUGAUAUUUAUAAGUAUAUAUACAUAUACAUGCGCUUUAUCUCAGUGAGGAGAAUGCAAUCGGAGUUGCGCGAAAGUAGUACGAAUACGAGAAGAGGGAGUUUAACUUCCUUCCCAGUCGGAAGGGAGGGUUCUCCCUUGUUUGAGGUAACGUAAAGCGGAGUUGGUGAGGUGCGACGACGCAAUGAGAUCUGGGCGAAAUGGCACCUGUUCCUGAUGAAACAAACUUACGCUUGGAACUAAAACUGAAGAUAUGAAAAAGUUCGCGAAAUUCUUGCGCGUCCGCGCACGCGAUAGAGAGAGCGCGCUCCGUCUUCUCAUUACGCAAACGGAAGUCCGCCCUCGCCCUUGAACGCGCUAAAAUGCAGAAGAGAACCUGCAGAUGCGAAGGACAGAAGGAAUUUAAGUAAAGAUGUCCUCGAAGUCCUCGAAGUAGACGAGUUCAACCACUCUGCAUGUUAUCGCUGUGUGCGAAAUUAUUUUACAACCUAACGAAUUUUCAGACUAUUUUAUAUGGCA